AUGCUGGGCCCUUGCCUUCAGAUACUGGCCCUUCGAGAGGGCGUUAGGGUCGGCCAGUGGACUCAUGAUGAGACUCUGGAGCUUAUAAGCAAUAUACAUCGCGAAUUAGAGGAGGAACCCGUCGUAGAUCUAAUCGGGCACAGAGACAGCAUAAGGGAGGCACUGGAGAUAGUUGCAAAUGCACAAACCACAGGGGUGGUAUCUAGAGACAUUGAGAACCUGUCCGAUGCAGAAGAAGAGCUCUUGGAGGAGGGGAGUCGCCAUUUGGAGCUGCCAAAAGUCAUCGUCAAGUACGAGAAAGUUUUGGAGGAAAUCAACCAGAAGUGUUGUGAACAGUUGACGACAUCAUCAGCCAAGAUCAAGGCUGUGAAGGCUGCGUUGAUGGACGUGCUUCCCCAGUGUGGUCAGCUGAGCCUCCAUGCGGGGGUUGUCGGGACGGCCCUCGAACUGCUCUUCCCGGGAGUGUCGAAGCAGCGGGCGUCCGAGAUAAAACGGCUGGCCACACACGCUGGGUUGUUGAGAAGAGAAAGACGGGCUAUUUUCCGUCGAUGGCGUGAGAGGCGACUCGAGGCGCUGCAUGCGGCUCAGAAGCAGUACAAGGCCUGGGCGGAAGGGAAGGUCGAGGAGGUCGCUGCCUUGGAGAAGAGAACUCGGGUUUUAGUGAAGGCACAAGCCUUGCGAGAGAGGCUUGAUGAAGCCCUUGCGCUCAAGCAGGCACUGGAGGCUGGUGAGAGAAUUGAAGCGAGAGAGCGUGCUGAAGCUGCGUCGGUGAGAGAGGCCGCUAAAGAGGCGCAGAAGCGACAGUAUACCGAGGCGUUGAAGAAAAGAGUGGAAGAACACGGUAGGGGCAAGGAGGAAAUCAUGAAGGAGAAGGCGAGACAAGAUGUCGUGGAGAAGCUCCGUGACGAGGAACUUAGGCGUGCCAAACGCAAGAUGCUGGCAGCUCGCGUAGCCUAUCGAGAGAAAAUGGCGACGAUUCGAGCAGCAGAACAGGAGUGCAGGAAGGAGGCUUGUAGAGCAGAAGCUGAACAACGGAAGCUCCGCAUCCAACGCGCCAUUCAAAAGUUCAGAGUCACGGUUGAGGCGGAUCCAGAAAGAUUAUCUGCAAUCCCCUCACAUAAGAAAACCACCGGUGAGCACCCGUUGCCCAGAGAGAUCUUCCGCCGCGACGGGUAUGGGAUCGAUGACCUUGAGAAAGAUCCGCGCUAUCGACUGCAAGCAGCCUUGUUCGAGGCCGGCCUCUAUAUGUCCGAGAGUGGUCACGAGGUUAUGCUCAGCAUGGUUCCCCGGAAUACAUAG